AUGGAUGGUUCUAGUGUGCUCCGCGAUUUCAGCAACGGCCAAGCCUCUAGAUACUUGCUAAGGGCAAUAUGUCUUGUCACCUGCAAAGCGAAACAGGCUGCUCCAUUUCUACGGCUGGCCGACGGCGGACCACUUCUGAGCCACCAAAUAUUCGCAUCAAAGCUACUUGACGGCCUCGAUGCAGCCAUCAAGGCGAAUCUUGAGUCAAACAGGGUUGUCAAGAUCCAGAUCUUAGCGUUGAUGCACCUCCACAAUGACGGCCGAGGCGGCGUUGACCGCUCCUCGAUGUAUUUGACACAGGCUAUCAGGGAGGCAUGGUCAAUGUCGUUACACUUGAAGAUGCCAGAGAACUCGGAUGAGGACCUUGACUAUCUGUGGUGGUCGCUUCGGAACUUUGACCGGCUCAACAAGCCUACCAUGGGAGCAGGGCCUUUCAUCAUCGACGACACUGACAUUUCCAUCGACCGUAUUGCUCCAAGGAGAGAAAGCUAUCGGUCUCAGGUUCUUCACAUCUCCCUAGUAUUGGGAGACCUCACAGUCAAGGCAACCAAGGUCUACAAGGCGAGCUCCACAUCAACCGUUGAUGACUCAUUCCUCGAGAUCUGGUAUCAUCUGGCUGCCAUGCUGUCGUGUCGACACAGCGGCCCAGACAACGUGCAUUACACCAGGCGGCUCGCGUCGGCGGACCGUAUCCUUGAGAUGCUCGGUCAUGGCCAGCAUGAAACUCUCCCGCCACUGCCGUUAGUACCAUAUGCCAUGGCCAUGGCCACAACAGUGAUAUACCGUGCUCUACGGGACAGGGUACGGGACAUUGAUGCUUCGUCCAGAGAUCUCAGUCUUUGCUGCGAAGCUCUUGAUACGCUUGGUCAGAGCUGGACUACUGCCCAAGGCGUCGCAAAGCUUGCACACAGACUGAUGAGUUCCAGCAAUCCGGGUAGCAUGAAUCGACAACGAGUUGAGGCCCCUGAUAAAAGUGACUCCACUACAACGGCCGAACCAACUACUUCAGAUGAGAGGCCUCUAACUACAACCCACCAGCCACUCAACCAGUCAGUUGGGACAGAGGAGGUCGUGAUACCGACCCCAGUGUCUCUCCCAUCCGAGCAAGGGUUUCACGGCGAUCAUGUAUCUGACAAUCCUCAAUAUCUUCCAGAACAGCUUAUUGAACCGUGGGUUGGGUUUGAUGCAUCACAGUUUCAGCUUCAAAUGGCAUUCGAUGAUCUAUUUAGUUAUGGAAUUUCCGACGCCUUUCGAGAUCCAGCAUCUUGGGAACUACUUCACAUGGCCAACAAUGGUUCAGGGUUGGGGAGUUAG